CUCAACUCCACUGUUUUCUGUAUCUUGAGAAGAAAAUGGCUAGCGAGCAAGUGAAGGUGAUCGGCGCAUGGGCGAGUCCUUUUGUGAUGAGGCCAAGGGUUGCUCUGAACCUCAAGUCUAUUCCCUACGAGUUCCUGGAAGAGACGUUUGGUUCCAAGAGCGAGUUGCUUCUUAAAUCAAACCCGGUUCAGAAGAAGAUUCCAGUUCUGCUUCAUGGUGACAAACCGGUUUGUGAGUCUAGCAUCAUCGUUGAGUAUAUCGAUGAGACUUGGAGCACAUCUGGACCGUCCUUGCUACCUUCCACUCCUUAUGACCGAGCCAUCGCUCGCUUUUGGGCUUCCUACCUUGACGAAAAGUGGUUCCGGUCUCUAAGAAGUAUCCUAAAAGCUGAGGGAGAAGAAGAGAAGAAAGCAGCGAUAGCUCAAGUGGAAGAAGAGAACUCGUUCAUCGAGAAGGCCUUCAUUGAUUGCAGCAAAGGAAAAGCGUUCUUCAACGGUGAACACAUCGGUUACCUUGACAUUGCGUUUGGGUCCUUCUUGGGUUGGUUGAGAGCCACCGAGUUGCUAUCUGGUCAUAAACUUGUUGAUGAGGCCAAGACUCCUUCUCUGUCCAAAUGGGCUGAACAGUUCUGUAAUGAUCCUGCUGUCAAACCUGUCAUGCCCGACACUGCUAAGCUAGCUGAGUUCGCUAAGAAGAUAUUCGCCAAGCCCCCGGCCUAAGCUGAUGGUUUUGGUGGUCCUUGUGGUUUUGUGUGUUGAGUUCUUGCAAUAAUAAAAUAAGAGUGAUAAUACUCAUUUAUUUAUGUUUUCAUUUUGGUGUUGCUAAGUGUAUUUUGAAUGUUAAGUUUGUAUCAGACUUUGGUGAAUGAAGUAAUUUUAUUUAUGUUGAUUGAGAAG